AACGCGAUGCCUCCGCCCAAGUUCUCGCGCAGCUUCGAGGCGGUCUACGCCGAGGACGUCCGUCGGCGCCAUGCGUCGCCCGCACCUCCGCUGGAGCUCGGCGUCAAAGGCCGGCUCAACAACCAAGAGAUGGAGAUGCUGCGGCAAAAGCUCGCACAGGCGACAGCGUACGACCACACGCCCAUGGACAAGGCUGCGGCGCGUCAAAGCAGCGUGAAGCGCCCGCCCCAGUUUGUCCGCGCGUCGCCGUCGACCAUCUUGAUGGACCGCGAGACUGUGGCCGUGCGCGGCCGCGCAAGCAAGAAGCCGCUGGCAGUGAUCCACGAGGAGCAGGAGAAGCUCAACCGCUUCGAACCGCAGUAUAUUCCGCAUCCGACCCGAGGAAUCGACGCAUCGGCCAAAGCGAGGCUCCAAGACGAGUACAAUACCAAGCCGCGCCAAGUGAGCACCGUCCCACUCAAUCUCAUGGAGAGCAACAACCAAGGGGCAGAAGAUGACGCAGUGAGGGCUGGAAAGCGGCCCGCACCGGCGGCGAUCCCACAAGUGUUUUUGCUCUAGACGACUCCCUACACUACUACUAUCUUUCUUCUCCUACUUGUCUCCCUCCAUUCAACCAUGAAUCCACGCACUUGAUACA